CGGGAUGAUUGGCCAGAAGACGCUCUACUCUUUCUUCUCCCCGAACCCCGCCGGGAAGCGACGUGCCCGCAGCCCCGAGCCGGUAGACCCGGGGACUGGCGUGGCAGCGGCAGCGGCAGCGGCGAUAGCUAAGGACACCGGGGAUGUGGCGGCCAGCCCCGCCAAGAAGGCCCGAGCUGGGCAGGACGAGCCGGGCACGCCACUCUCGUCGCCGCUGAGCCCCGAGCAGCUGCUCCGGAUCCAGAGGAACAAGGCCGUCGCCCUGCUCAGACUCGCCUCCCGCAACGUUCCUGUGGGGUUUGGGGAGAGCUGGAAGAAGCAGCUCAGCCAGGAGUUCGGAAAACCGUAUUUUAUAAAGCUGAUGGGAUUUGUGGCAGAAGAAAGAAAGCAUCACACUGUUUAUCCACCCCCACAGCAAGUCUUCACAUGGACCCAGAUGUGUGAUAUAAGAGAUGUGAAGGUUGUCAUCCUGGGACAGGAUCCGUAUCAUGGACCUAAUCAAGCUCAUGGGCUCUGCUUUAGUGUUCAAAGACCUGUGCCACCUCCACCCAGUUUGGAAAACAUUUAUAAAGAGCUGUCUACAGAUAUAGAUGGUUUUGUUCAUCCUGGUCACGGAGAUCUGUCCGGGUGGGCCAAACAAGGUGUUCUCCUACUUAAUGCUGUCCUCACCGUUCGAGCACAUCAAGCCAACUCUCACAAGGAAAGAGGCUGGGAACAAUUUACUGAUGCAGUUGUGUCCUGGCUAAAUCAGAACUCGAAUGGCCUUGUCUUCUUACUCUGGGGCUCUUAUGCUCAGAAGAAGGGCAGUGCCAUCGAUAGGAAACGGCACCACGUGUUGCAGACUGCCCAUCCCUCCCCGUUCUCCGUGCAUCGAGGGUUCUUUGGAUGUAGGCAUUUUUCUAAAACCAAUGAGCUGCUGCAGAAGUCUGGCAAGAAGCCCAUCAACUGGAAGGAGCUGUGACCUGAGCGAGGGGGUGGCCUCCACUGGUGGUUUGUGAGAAGCUGCUGUUGAAGAAUUAGUUGUGAAGUGCAGUUGAAAAAAUAAUUUCCCUAGUAAUUCUUCAGUACCCUGCAUAAGGUGAAUUGCUUCGCUAAGGCAGCGAUGAGCCAGGCUGCCUACAAGCAGCAGCUUUUUCCAGCCAGAAACAGCAAAGACUGUCCUCGUGGCCUUAGAGCUUUCUUUGCAAUGGGACUUUCACUGAAAAAACUCAGUCAGUUUCUUCAAAGACAGUUGAGUUCAAGUCCUGUUUUGGCCUCCCUUACCGUUUUGGUUAAAGGGAGGAGACGUGCACCUUUUGAGUACAGCCAGUAGUUUGGUGCUUGCUGAUACUUAUUUUUACCUAGUAGGUUAGACUUUAGGUUAGAAGGUGUUGGGUGUUUUUAUUUAGGAAGGCCCCCUGCCCCCUGCCAGGCAUUCCAGUCUCCGCCAGAGACAUUGACUCCAUUGAUCUUUUUUCAGGAAACAGGACGGUAUGCAGGUUUCAGGAAAUCUGGUCCUCAGCUGGUCCAGUAAUUAGGGAUCAAUUUCCGGAUUAUAACAGAGGUGAAAAUUCCUAACAAAUGAUCCUUGGUGUGAGCCUUAACAGAUGGCCAGAGGCUAAGAGAAAUGAGCUGGGGGUUCUUUUUAUUCUUUUGGUGUUUCUUGGAAUAAAGGGUGGAAGUUGAACAAGGAAGAGAAGAUUUUUCUUUAUGGGAGAAACGCUUCUUUUCUGAGUUAAUUUCGAGUUGGAUUUUUUUUUUUUAAAGGGCAGCAUAGACUGUCAAAUGCUAUUUUUUAUGGACUGAAAUAAGUUUGGGGUAUUUUUUCUGCAAGCCUCAGGAAUUUUACUUUUUUGAAAAAUACGUAUGUGGAUGUAUAUAUAUUUUUUUAAUCCUUUGUUUAAGAGACCAUCGUUAUUAGGCCUGCACCUCCGUCCUUGAUCUUGUUAGAGAUGCUAUUUUGCUGUUAACUGGGUUAAAGCGUUAACCCCGCGUGACUUUGGU